GUCGUUGAAACGAAAAGGCGGGUACAUUUCAAAAGGACCUAACGUUUAAACCUUGCCUUCUUACCUUGCCGUUUCCCCGUGCCUGUAUUUAUGACCUCACUCUAUUUUUAGCACAAUGGAGGAUAGUAUGAGUCGUUUGCUUAUGCAAUCAACUUUAAUGGGGACUAUCGUCACAACAAUUGGUAAUCAUUUGUCGAAACUACAAUCUAAUUCACGUUUGCUUGAAAAGUUGCUAUGUUUUCUGUUCAAAAAUAAUAAUUUGGAAAGUGCUCAAAAUGUAUCGGUCACGGAAUUGUUAAACCAAAAGUUCACUGUUGAUUCAGUUCAAAGUGCUGGUGAAUUGUAUGUCUCACAAAAAAGCAGUGACCUAGCAAAAUGGCUAGAGUUAACUGUCAUCCGUAGUCUUGAACAGCUUGAAUCCACAAAACGUGAAUCGGUGUGUUACAAGAGGACUAGCACUACUGUUCCACUUGAUAAGCAACUGUCUCAUAUAAGAAGUUUUCUUGAAAUCAGCAGGAAAAGAAAACAUCUGUUUAAUCUUUCUUCUGAGCUUCAAAACUUAAAAGCAAGUGAUUACCUUUAGCUCUUACGAACUUUUUUGAUUCUAAUCGUUUUUCCCAUUUUCCAAAUUUGUCGUUGAGCACAUAUUAUUCUGGUAGUUACUUUGUUGUUGUACAAACUUCCGGUCAGUACAUAUUUUCUGACUACUCUGAAGAUUCAGUGUGAAAUUUUACUGACAACCAAAAAGUCCAUUUACCAUUAAACAUGCUUCGUGAUUUAUUGUCCAGAGCACGAUUUGAAACAACAUGAAUGUAGGAUCUCUGAAUAUUGUAAGUUGGCGUCUAUUCAUCAUAUUUUCGUCAAUUUACACAAACGUAUAUAUAACUAUUAAUUUAAAAGAUGUUAACUCAAGGUAUUGGUAGUAAAUGUUUGAAUACAUGUGUUCUACCAUAUUAUAUUAAGUGGAUCGCGUCACGUCACUUGUUUCUAAGGUUAAAGACUAAGAAAUGGUGACAAAGCUGCUCAUGUUUUCUUGCUUUGGUUAGUAGAUCGUGAGCUGUUUAGUUGCUUAUUUGAUCGCUAGAUAAAGGUGGGUUAUAUCCUGUCGUGCUUAUGAUAACACAAGUAAAUUAUCUGUCUGGCAUUAAGUUACAAUAUAAAGAAUGCUCUUGUUAUCAUUGUAAUAAGUAGAGAAUCAAAUCUUAUAACCGGUGUCAUCACAGUUUUAACUGUUCGUUUUUAUCUUUUAUCUUACCAGCGCAUUCAACUACAAAAAUGUAAUGUGUCAAGAGACUUUUUAAAUGCUGAACUUCAAUUAUUAACGCUACAGACAAAGGUCCACUACAUGAAGCACCGUAUCGGGAAGUUAAAGUUGGACGUAGAAUGUAACAAAACAAACCUUUUUGAAUAUGAAUCACUAGGCACAGAAAUAGUGAAUAUUGAAAGUCUUUUGGUGAGUAGAGUUUAGACAUAUUUACAACCAACUGCUAGUUUUUGUACUUUUCAGAGUAAAUCGACUUUCAUUAAAUUAAAUAAAUUUUCUUAAGAAUCGCAAUAGGGCUGUGAACUACUAAAACUUUGUCUGGUGUUAAAAUAUAUUUGGUUAAACUUACAAAGAAAUGGAGAGGUGAACUAUUCUUUAUUUUCACUCACGUGGUAGAUUCCGAUUCAAAUGUUCAGAAGUGUCUUGUACUAUCGACUGGAUAACAUUAAGAGAGUAUGCAGAACAGAUAUUAGGGUGCAAGCUACCGAUGCCAGACACAAGUUGUUUGGGUAGCUAAUAAUAACCAGUUGGUCAUAGGUCAAAUAAUAAAAACUGUCUUAGUGUUCGUAUUUUUUAACCAAUCUAAAUUUCAGUACGGUCAUCACACGUGUUACCUUAACCUAAACCGAUAUUACCUACAUCCUUACGUUUAAUAAAAAAGACACACCGCUUACAUUAAGAAAUCCUUAUCACUAAUAGGUAGCUAUCAAUUUUCUGGAGUAAAUGCGAGGCCUUCUAUGCCUUCAGUUAUUAAAGUGUAUUGGGGCGCUAAUUAUCCAUUAUCAGGACAUAUAAAAUUUCUUCCUAUUCUGCCAAGUCGCUUGUCUGUCUUUUCAUUUUGCUCACCAUCGUUGUUUCCUGUCCGUUUAUCCCCUUAUGCACAUGUACACCUAAAAAGGAUAUCUGGACUCUAGAAAUCUGAAGAUUAUUUUCGAAGACAAAUGCACUACUCAGAAGUUUGCUCUGUAUCGCUCCUCGAUUGUAAAAGAUUAUCUUUAAAAGUAGGAGUGUGGUCGUAAGUAAAUGAUCAUAGUUAUUGUUAAGGCAUUGCUCGCGUUAGGUAGGACGACGGAUUGAGUUAUUUUGAGGUUAGGCAUGUAGGUUCGAGUAAGAAAGUUAAGUCAACUGAACGGGCUACUACUCUUCAUCAACAUAAGACCUGACUUCAUAGAUUAGGCAUAUUGACAAAUUACUUAAUUGUAAUAACAUAAAAAAUGUGUUAAUUUUAAUAAUUAUGCAGAAGUUAGUUCUCGCGAUGCUCAUGUGCUAUUUGCGAUGCAUUGCCAUCAGUUGUAGCAAUGGUGUAAUAAUAAUAAAACAUUAGAGUUGUUAUCUACUAUAAAUGUGAAACAUGGGACCUUUUACAAAUGAAUUUAUUAAAACGAAAUGGAGAUGUCACAUUUUUUACACAAGGUUUAGGAACGUGUUAUCUAGUAAGCAUAUGGACUCAAAUCCACGUUCUAAUUUCAGAUGAACUGACAAAACUCAGUAAUCUCAACACAAUGAAGUUUAUAUUCAUCAGUUAUGAGUAGCAGUAACAGCAAUGAUAUGACCAUGUUACACAACAUAAUUUAAACGACUCAUUUAAUCCUUGAUUUCGAUUUCCUCCUUGCUGUAUACAUUAAACAAUAUUUAAUCGAAUUCGGACUGUUUCGUGGAUGUAACACAUACUCAACUCUAACUUGUUAACCAACCAGAUGGAUUUCAUUAUUUUCGAAAAUGACUUGAGCUCUCAAGUAAACAUAAUUGGCCAAACUUUAGACACUUAGUGGGACUUUUGGCGUCCUACUCAAGCAAACAAAUCAUCAACCUGUUGCAAACGUUUUCAGAUAACCGUUUAGUCCUAGCUAGCACCAAUUUUACGCAUAGAGACGUAUCAUUUAGCCUGGUAGCUCCUAACACCGUCAGAUCGAGAUUAGUAACAAUACUCUUUUCACUUCUGUCCAAUUUGAUCACAUAUUUAUUUGGUUUAUAAUAUUUAACAUGGGUAAAAAUCUUAAAAACGAACUCUAAAAUAAAAAGUAAUGAGUGAAAUUGCUGUAGUCUUUCUCUUAUCUUGUAAUAUUUAAAGAGAAAGGAACGGGAAACGAUUCGCCGUUUGCAUGAAGAAAAUGAAAAGCUGUUAGAUAACCUCCCUUUAUUAUGUCGUGAGACGAAACAAAUUAAGCAACAACUAUCGGGUCAGAUAAUUGAUACACAUAAAAUGGCGCAUGAACUAACAAGCAACAAUCUACUGCAGGAUUUUAAUGAAAGGAUUCAAGAUAUUUCAUUCGACAGAAGAACAUUUACCAGUGGUAAUACUUACGUCGACACUCUACAUGCUGACAGUCUAUACAUAAAUUGCUGUAAUUUAUAUUCUCUUGAUCCUAAUCUUAAGAUUCCAGAUGUCCUGCUGAAAUGUAUUCUAACACAAAUCAAAGAAAGCUGGCUAGCUGAGAAUAGUUUAAAAUUGUUACACUAUCUUUUGAUGAAUUUAAACAAAGAAAUUCUCAUUAGUGAAAAACUGCAAAACUACGACGUGACGUUUAAGGCUAAAGAGCUAAAACAUUUACUUCCUUGUGUUACAAAUUUGGAAGAAUUAUCGAAAGAAAUAAAACAGCGCAUGUCAGUAUGCAAUGAAUUACUGUCCGACUGGAGAGAAAUACCGAUUCGUCGAAUGUUGCUAUAAACAAGUUCCCUAUUGCACAGAUUUGUUGAUAGAAUGUGAUUGUAACAUAU